GGCCGCGCGCGGGGCCAUGUCGCGGCCGUCGCGCGCGCUCCCGGCCCAGCCGUCCCCGGCGGCGGCGGCGCGGGCGCUGCGGCGCGCGGCGCGGUUCGUGCGGCGCGCGCUGCCGCUGUGCCGCGCGCACACCGUGGAGUUCUUCACGCGCGGGCUCUGGCAGCGGCUCGUGGCGCCGCGCCCCGACGCCGUGCUCGAGGCGCUGCGCGCGGCCGGGCCGCUGGCGCGCCCCCUGGCGGCGGGCUCGGCCCCCGCGACGGCUCCGUGCGAUGAUGACAUCUUUUCCAGCGCAUUUUGUGAAAACUCUGGAAAGCUUGUCAAUGUACAUUUGUUUGCCCUGGCUGCUAAGUAUUAUUCUUUGUCCAGCCUUGGAGUGUGCACCCCAUUAGAAGAUGUGCUUGAAGCACUGAAAGGAGAUAGUGAAGAAGCAACAGGUAUCAAACCAGAUGAGUUUAUGAAUAAUAAGAAAUCACAUGAAGUGCAGGUGAUGUCAGAGCUGGUAGACAGCAUAGCAAAUUAUUGUGGGAUAAAGCAGGUGAUUGAUAUAGGUUCUGGGAAAGGCUACCUGAGUUCAUUUUUGUCCAUGCAAUAUAACUUAAAAGUUUAUGGCAUUGACUCCUCAAGCUCCAACACAAAUGGUGCUCAUGAAAGAAACAGAAAAUUGAAGAAACACUGGAGAGCCUAUCAGAGUCGAGGAAAAGAAAGCCUCAAAAGCCAGAGUUUGGAAAUGGCAAAUGACAGGCCAGUGGAAAAUGAAAUUAAUUGUAAAACAAUCAAUGAAGAGCUCUUAAAUAAUGCCAGUAGUCUUCAAAAUCCGGGCCAAGUGAUGAUCCAAGAUUUGCUUCCUUCUUGUGGUUUCACAGAAAUGGCUACGCUUGAAACCAGCACAGAAACUGAAGCUGAUUUAGUGACUGGGACACAAUCUCAUGAGACCAAACUUUCUGAAGAGGUUCUUGCUGUUCUAAAUGUUCUUCCUGUUGAUGCUGUAGAAGAUUUUUCUUCAUCUCGUUGUAACUGUGGGGAACUCUGUGAAGAGGAAAAAGUACAAAGAAAAAUGACAUCUCUCAAGACUAAAGCAAGAAAGUCAAGUGAAUCGAACCUGUAUUUUCCAUUGACCUCUUGCAUCACUGCAGAAACAGAACUCAAUGACAUCAUAACAGAUCUGGAGGACUGUAUGAUGGUGGGUCUGCAUACAUGUGGAGAUCUUGCUGCAAAUACACUACGAAUUUUUACUGCCAAGCCUGAAAUCAAAGCCGUUUGCAGUGUGGGCUGCUGCUACCAUCUGUUGUCAGAACAGUUUGAAAACCAAGAAGAAUGCCACGACCAGGUCUGGGGAUUUCCCAUGUGUCAGUACUUGAAGGACAAAGGCUGGUGCUGUGGUCGCAAUGCUAGGAUGUCAGCAUGCUUGGCUUUGGAGAGAGUUGCAGUUGGCCAAAUGCUGCCUACAGAAUCAUUGUUUUAUCGAGCUGUUCUUCAGGUUAUUGUAGAAGAAAUUUAUGGUGUCACCAGAAGUGAUCGACAUGUUGGAAAAACCUUCUCCAAAUCAUCCUCCUUCGUAGAUUAUGUCAGACGGUCUCUCAGAAAGCUGGAACUGGAUGAUUCAAAGCUCCCAGACAGCUGUAUAAUGGAUUACUAUGAAAAGUACAAGCACAGAAUGAAUGAGCUUGAAGCAUUUAAUAUGUUGAAGGUUGUUCUGGCUCCUUGCAUAGAAGUUUUGAUACUUCUGGAUCGUCUUUGCUACCUCAAGGAGCAGUCAUAUGUCAUUUUCAGGAAAACAUUGCCUGGUCUGGACUUGUGAAGUUAUUUGAUCCUGUGAAGUCCCCGAGAUGCUAUGCAGUUAUUGCUCUGAAGAACCAGUCAUGUUCUUAAGUGGAAGCAAAUUGCAAAGAGGUUGGAAAUUCUGAACUGAUAGUGCUGUUUCCUCCCUUUUAUUCUGUGUUUUUUAAUUGAUUCCUCAAGUACCAUGUUUGCUUUUCAGAUGUAAAAUAAAAAAGUGCAAUGCCUCUUUGAAUCUUCAGAAAUAAAUAUCUCCUUUAUAAAUAUGAGUGCUUCCUUAUGUCAGUUAUUAAUGUUGAACAUCUGACUUAGUUAUAAAUGUUACAUUAUAAAUGUGGCUAUUAUUUAAAAUAACAUUUCUAUUUCUUCUUUUUAAGGUAUUAUGCUUGUGUAUCCUUUCUCUUGAUACUUCUAAUCUCAAGAUAACCUCAAUUUUUACCAGUGGCUGGUAUCAGCAGUGUCAGACUAGGCUCACUUUUUUCUUUUCUGGAUUCAACUGGUGCAGAGUAUAAACAGACAACCUGUACUGUAAACAAGAGGCUUGUAGGCACACAGCUUGUGGUAAUGGGGAGUGGGGCUGGGGCCAGGCCUCAUCCCCUGUGGGCUACAGCUGUGAAAAGCAGGUGAGCAGCACUGAAGGUAAUGAGCCACAGAGUGCCCCGGGGCAAUGACCAACCACCAAAGGGAACAGAGGGCACACAGGUGCAAUGCAUCGACGUGAGGGUAUGAAAGGUGGGGCUAAAGAACAAGGAGGGUGGAUGCUUGCAGCCUUCUGGAGUGACAUGAUGUUACUAUGUCUGGGCAGAUGCCUGAAGCCUUCUGAUGGGGUAUGGUGUUACUCUGUAUGGGUGAAUGCUUAAAGUGUUCUGAGAUUGUAUGAGGCUACUCUGUGUAUUGUGGCCUUCUCAGCUGUGGCAUGUGCUGUGCCAUAUGCUGUGGCAGAGGCUCAUAGGCUAAAUAGGGUCUUUGUACUGCCUCUUCUUCAGGUCAUCAGGACCAGCUGAUUUAGAGCAGCCUAGAAGAGCCUAAGUAGUGGCUACCUGCAAAGGACAGUUUUAUAUCAACCCCUUCUUCAUUUGGGCAUUUUCCUGGCAUGCACUUGCUUGCUUGUCACUCUGAAAGAAAAAUAUGUGUGCUCUAAUCCUGUGGGAGAUUUCCCAGUGCUUAAGAAUUAGCUGCCCUGCUGAGGUUUGCUCUGUAAUCUUGGGGUUGUAUUGGAAAGCUAUUAUCUGGCCCAAAUCUGUUGGGUAUAAAUACUUUGGUACCCAAAUGAAUUAAAGCUUCCUAGGCAGUUUCUUUUUAUCUGUGCUGCAUUCAGGAGAGGGAAAUUUAUUUGUUGAUGCAUUUAUCUCAAUGGGUUGCCUAAUUAAACUUGCAGAUUUCCCAUCAAUUAAAAAAGAGAAAAGUUUAUUUUCUAAGUCCUGGUGCUUCUAUUUUAUUUUCCAGCAUAUGUAAAAUAUAAUUAACUACUAGUGCACAGAAAAAAGGACAACAAAUAAAUAAUAAAGUGCAGCAUUAAAGAAGAAAAGAGGAUGUGCAUGGAAGAUAAGAAUAGCAAAAAAUAUUUUUAUAUUAAUUGUAUAAUGACAGUAAUUAGACUGAGACUGAGAUGUGAGUAGGAAUGGCUUUUACUCUGUUGGGCUUUGCAAAAUACAAGGAGAGCCUAUGGGCAUGACCACUCAAGAAAAGAAAAGUAAGGUAUUUUUCUAACAAGUCACAUCUUUCUUGAUGUAUUCAUUCACUUGGAAGAAAUAUUUUGUUUUUAUGUCUGUCUAAAAUCACUGCUGUCGGUUUUAGAACUCCAGUCCUUAUAAAGUCCAUGGUUCCAGUAUGAGAUUCUGAUAUUUGUUUGCUCUGAGUAUAUUCAGUCCUUAGAGCUGCUGAACAUCUUCAGUGCCCAAGGAAAUUAAUAGAAGCUGCAGGUCUGGAGCAGUAGAGCUAAGAGAAAAAUGGGAGCUUCCAUAUAUGCUACCUUUUGUUAUACAGAGAGUUCUGAGGAAACUAACAAGCUGCUGAAUUUCUUUCCCCGGAGAGGAAUCAGAAGAAAGAAAAUAGUUUCCUAACCUCUAAGCAUCUGGAAGGAAAAAACCAAUAAUAUCUGAUAUAAAAAGGCGCUGUAAAGUACAUGAUGUUAAAAAGAA